GCAGUCACCAGUAUUUCUGGUCCAAGAUCACCCAGAUCACCUCUGUGCCAGCCACACCGCCGAGGCUAUCAAAGCGUGACUCCCUUGGCCAGCUCCAAGCCUCAGGGCGCUCUCCCUGCGCACUCUCCCGACCCCAGGAUGGCUCCCCGUGAUGUCGGCUGCCGCUUCUUGGCAGUGCUGAUUUUGGCCAGCUGUGAAGCCAUCGCCUCCUCUGAUCGGAUGUGCACUGAGAGAGAAGUCAACAGAACAUACAGCUGCGAACAUUUAGGUCUCAGCGAGCUUCCUGACACUCUACCGAACUCAACAGAGGUUUUGGAGUUCGGUUUUAAUUUCUUACCUGUAAUUCAGAAUACAACCUUCGGCAGACUCCUAAAUCUCACCUUUUUAGAUUUAACCAGGUGCCAGAUUAACUGGAUACGUGAAGACACUUUUCAAAGCCACCAUCAACUGAGCACGCUUGUAUUGACUGCGAAUCCGCUGAUCUUUCUGACGGAAAGAGCUUUCAGCGGACCCAAGUCUUUGAGGCACUUGUCCCUCAUCCAAACAGGGAUCACCAGUCUUGAGUUUCUCCCAGUGCACAAUCUGGACAACUUGGAAAGUUUGUAUCUUGGAAGCAACCGUAUUUCCUCCAUUCAGCUCCCCAGAGACUUCCCGACAGAGAAGCUGCAAAUCCUGGAUUUCCAGAAUAACGCCAUACGCUACCUGUCUCGAGACGAGACCAGCUCUCUGCACCAGGCCACCAACCUCAGCCUCAACCUCAACGGCAAUGACAUCAGAGGAAUCGAACCUGGGGCCUUCAGGUCAACCGUCUUCGGGAGCUUGAACUUUGGAGGAAGCCUCGAUGUGUCGCUUAUACUCAGGGGUCUGCAGAACUCAACAGUUCAAUCUCUCUGGCUGGGGUCGUUUGUGGACACGGAUGAUCAACACCUCAGCCGGGCCACGUUGGAGGGGCUCUGUGGCAUGUCUGUGCAGAGCCUCAGCCUGCAGAAGCAUCAUUUCUCGGAGCUUUCCUCUGCCACGUUUCAGUGCUUCUCGGGUCUCCAGGAGCUGGAUUUGACAGCCACUCACCUGGCGGAAUUACCUGCUGGGAUUGAGACCAUGAACUCGCUCAAGAAAUUAGUUCUCAGCGCAAAUAAAUUUGAAGACCUGUGUCAAAUCCAAGCGGCUAAUUUCCCCUCCCUCACACACCUGCACCUCAAAGGCAACAUGAAGCGACUUCACCUUGGCGUGGGCUGUUUGGAGAAGCUAGAAAAUCUCCGUGAGCUGGACUUGAGUCACAAUGAUAUCGAGGAGGAUUGUUGCAAUCGGCAACUUCAAAACCUGUCCCACCUGCAAAGCUUGAACCUGAGCUACAACGAGCCUCUGGGCCUCCAGACAGAGGCGUUCAAGGCAUGUCCUCGGCUCGAACUCCUGGACUUGGCAUUUACCCAUUUACGCGUUCGUGUUCCAGAAAGUCCUUUCCAGAACCUCCCCUUCCUGCGGGUUCUGAAUCUCUCCCACUGCCUCCUUGACCUCGGCAACCAGCGGCUGCUGGACGGCUUGCCCAGUCUCCGGCAUCUGAACUUACAGGGUAAUCACUUUGCAGACGGGAGCAUCCCGCAGGCCAACCCUCUGCAGACGGUGCGCACCUUGGAGACUCUCAUUUUAGCCUCCUGCGCUCUGUCCUCCAUACACCAGGAGGCUUUCAGAGGACUUGAGACGCUGAGUCACGUCGACCUGAGCCACAACAGCCUCACAUCCACUAGCAUCGAGGCUCUCAGCCAUCUCAAGGGGAUUUACCUCAAUGUAGCCACCAACAGCAUCUCUCUCAUCUCGCCCCGUGUUCUCCGCAUCUUGUCUCAGCAGAGCACCAUUAAUUUAAGUUAUAACCCCCUGGACUGUUCCUGUUCAAACAUCCAGUUUUUAACAUGGUGCAAAGAAAACAUGCCGAAGCUCGAGGACACGGAGGAGAUGCGGUGUGCCACCCCCCCGUCCCUGAGGGGGGCCAGGAUUUCUGAUGUCACAGUCUCCUGUGGGAUCACAGCGGUGGGCCUUUUCCUUCUCAUUGUAUUUCUGUUCUUGCUUGUCAUUCUGUUCAUUUUUGCAACGCGAUAUUUUCUCAGAUGGAAAUACCAACACCUUUAGUGCUGGAGACUUCCAGAGAAGGCAGAGGAAUGGAAGGUGAUUAGCAGAGUCACCCUGUGUCAUCUGCUGGCGGUUAGAGGACUGGCCAGAGGUGCUGGGUGGGAAUCGUUGUGCUUCUCUGAACUUCCUCCUCUUCCCACACUAUAGACUGGGGCUCAAGAGCCACGAGCUGCUGCGAAAC